UUGCCAGAAAUAGAAAUUGAAAGUGAUGCUGCGGUAGUCGCGUCAAGUCGCGUCUUUUMCAUAUUAUAUUUUCCCAAGGCUGUGGAUAGUCAAUGAGAUCGAUAAAUAUUCCAGCAAUAGAUAAGCUAAAACGAUAGCCCUGAUGGCACGACGUUUCUCAAUGUUCUACGGUAGUUGGAGUCUACUACCUAUCGGGAGUAGGUCACAAGGCCUAAGAGGUCUGCUGAACUAUGGCCUGUCAUGCUGUGUGAACGCUCUGCUGCAGUCCUUCUCUGCYACCUGGGAACUGGUAGAUCUUCUAGAAGGGUGGAACCCAGUUGACAAGGAGAGUGUCCCUCUGUAUCUGAGGAAGGUGCUACUAGCCAUGCAGAGUGACCAAUCCCAGCCUGCUCCUCAUAAAGACUUCCUGCACUGCCUGGACAGAAAUUACAUCCGCAACCAUGUUCAGCAGGAUGCAGAUGAGGUAUUCCUCUCCAUUUUAAACCUCAUCCAACAACAGAUGAGUGACAAGGCCUUGGCUCAGGAGAUUCASUCUCUGUACAAGGUUACCAUGGAGACAUACCUUCAGUGUCUAGAAUGURMAUACAYCGAAACUGGGACCAGCUUUCURCUCAGCCUCCCCAUGCACAUAAKGGAGAGCCAYRACUYSCUGCMCUGA